ACCAUGAGUUGGAGUUUCCUGACCCGUCUGCUAGAGGAGAUCCACAACCACUCGACCUUCGUGGGCAAGAUCUGGCUGACGGCGCUGAUCGUGUUCCGCAUCGUCCUGACGGCGGUGGGAGGGGAAUCCAUUUACUACGACGAGCAGAGCAAGUUUGUGUGCAACACGGAGCAGCCAGGCUGCGAGAACGUCUGCUACGAUGCUUUUGCUCCUCUGUCCCACGUCAGGUUUUGGGUCUUCCAGAUCAUCCUGGUGGCCACCCCCUCCGUCAUGUAUCUAGGCUACGCCAUUCACAAGAUCGCGCGGAUGGUGGAGCAUGGCGAGGCCGACAGGAGGAUCCGCAGCAAAGGCUUCUCCAUGCGCUGGAAACAGCACCGGGGCUUGGAGGAGGCCGAGGAGGACCAUGAGGAGGACCCCAUGAUGUACCCAGAGAUGGAGCUGGAGAGCGAAAGGGAGAACAAAGAGCAGCAGGCCACCGCCAAAGCUAAGCACGACGGCCGGCGGCGGAUCCGGGAGGAUGGGCUGAUGAAGAUCUACGUCCUGCAGCUGCUGGCCAGGACUACCUUUGAGAUCAGCUUCCUGGUGGGUCAGUACUUCCUAUACGGCUUCCAGGUCAGCCCCAUCUUCGUCUGCAGCAGGACGCCCUGCCCGCACAAGAUCGACUGCUUCAUCUCCAGACCCACCGAGAAGACCAUCUUCCUGCUGAUCAUGUACGGGGUCAGCUGCCUGUGCUUGCUCCUGAACGUCUGGGAGAUGCUCCACUUGGGGUUCGGCACCAUCCGGGACACCCUGAACAACAAGAGGAGGGAGCUGGAAGACUCUGGCCCCUACAGCUACCCCUUCACCUGGAACACGCCGUCCGCUCCUCCCGGCUACAACAUCGCGGUGAAGCCGGAGCAGCUGCAGUACACGGAGCUGUCCAACGCCAAGAUGGCCUACAAGCAGAACAAGGCCAACAUCGCCCAGGAGCAGCAGUACGGCAGCAACGAGGAGAACAUUCCUGCCGACCUGGAGAACCUGCAGAGGGAAAUCAAAGUGGCUCAGGAGCGCCUGGACCUAGCCAUCCAGGCUUACAACAACCAAAACAACCCCGGCGGUACCCGAGAGAAGAAAGCCAAAGCAGGCUCCAACAAGAGCAGCGCCAGCAGCAAGUCAGGAGAUGGGAAGAGCUCUGUCUGGAUUUGACUGG